UCCGGAGAGCAGGUGCGAGCAUGCUGGAACCGGGCUUGGUGUGGGGGCUCGUGCUGCCUUUCGCCCUUUGGGCCGACGCGAGUGCAGGUGUGAAGUUUCGCUUCGCCUCGUACGUCAGCGAUCACAUGGUCCUGCAGAAGGAGCCUGCAGGGGCUGUGCUAUGGGGCUACGGCCUCCCUGGAGCCGCGGUGACCGUGAGUCUGCGCCGUGGUCAGGACACAGUCAUGAAGAAAGGGACCCGCGUGAGAGUGGGCUCCAAGACCUGGAUGGUGGUCCUGGACCCCAUGAAGCCCGGUGGGCCCUUUGAAAUAAUUGCUGAACAGAACACUGGCAGCGUGAACUCCACCCUGAGCGUUCGGGAGGUCUUGUUUGGAGACGUCUGGCUCUGCAGCGGGCAGAGUAACAUGAAGAUGACGGUGUCACAGAUAUUCAAUGCCACGGAGGAGCUGUCCAGCACUGCUGCUUAUGGAUCUGUGCGCAUCUUCUCCGUGGCGCCGGUCCAGGCCUGGGAGGAACUGCAGGAUCUCCUCCGGGUUGACUUGUGGUGGUCCAAGCCCACUUCGGAAAACCUGGGCCACGGCAAUUUCACUUACAUGUCGGCUGUAUGCUGGCUCUUUGGGCGCUACCUGUACGACACCCUGGGGUACCCCAUCGGGCUCAUCGCCUCCUCCUGGGGCGGAACCCCCAUUGAAGCCUGGUCAUCGGCACGGUCCCUGAAAGCCUGUGGCGUCCCUCAGCAAGGACGGGUGGGCGGCCACACCCCUGCCCUGGCCACGGGCCCCUGCGACCAUUCUGUUCUCUGGAACGCCAUGAUCCAUCCUCUGCAGAAUAUGACCCUGAAAGGGGUGAUCUGGUACCAGGGGGAGGCCAAUAUGGAUCUUAACAGGGACCUGUACAAUUGCACCUUCCCUGAGCUCAUUGACGACUGGCGCCAAACCUUCCACCAGGGCUCCCAGGGCCAGACGCAGCGUUUCUUCCCGUUCGGAUUUGUCCAGUUGUCUUCAUAUCUGCCUGAUAAAACCCAGGACGAGAAAUUUCCCAUCAUCCGUUGGCAUCAAACAGCUGAUGUUGGCUCUGUCCCCAAUAAAAGGAUGCCCAAUACUUUCAUGGCAGUAGCCAUGGACCUCGGGGACAGUGACUCGCCGUAUGGCAGCAUUCACCCCCGGGAUAAACAGACCGUGGCUCACAGGCUGCACUUGGGGGCUCGUGCCGUGGCUUACGGGGAGAACGUGACCUUCCAGGGACCCAUGCCAGAGAAGAUUGAGGUCUUGACUGAGGAGCGACAGCUCAACCUCACAUAUUCCCAGCAGAUCCAGGUGAUGGCACGGAGCAACACGAUAUUUACGGUGUCUUGCUGCAAUGACAGUCAGUGCCGGUGGCUUCCAGUUCCCGUGGACGCUUUCUCCACCCAGUCUCUGACCCUGAAUAUCAGUUCGUGUCAUGGCGUUCUGGUUGCUGUGCGCUAUGCCUGGGCCUCGUGGCCCUGUGAUUAUAAACGGUGUCUGCUGUACCACCCCACCAGUGCCCUGCCAGCGCCCCCCUUCUCCGCCUGCAUUGCUCCCACUCCGCGGACAGCUCAGCUGUGUGGUUGGAGCCAGGGCUGUGGUAUGUGCUGUCCUCUGUCCCACCUGUUGUAG